AUGACCUCCGUGCUGGACGUUUGCUCGUUUGCGGGCUGCAGCCAGCCGCCUCGGUUCGGCUCGACCAAGUGCGUCACGCAUCGCAACAAGCUCCAAUGCACCUUUGAGGGCUGCAAGAAUCAAGUCUACGCACGCUACCUCUGCAUUCGACAUGGCGGCAAAAAGAAGUGCGAGUACAGCGGCUGCGACGCGCCCGUGCACCGAGGGGCCUUUUGCGUCAGUCACGGCGGUGUCGUCGUCAAGCGCUACUGCACCGAACCGGGCUGCAGUCGCCAAGCGCACGCCCGGUACAAGUGUGUACGACACGGUGGCGGCCGCACGUGCAAGGAAAAUGGCUGCGACGUGCACGCCCGUGCGAGUGGCUACUGCCGGCGCCACACGGCCCGACCUAGCACGAGUGGGACGCCUCCUGUCGGCAAGAAGGUCGACUUGGCGGACCACAUCAACGCUGAGCUGCUGCGCGUCGGCGCUAAAGUCGCCAACCUCAUGACCCUUGCCGCCCUCAAGGACUCGGCACCGCCUUUUGCCUGCGAAGAGACCGCGCUCGAUGCCUCGAUAUUGGAUCUUCUCUGUGACGCGCCGCUCUUUGGCGAAGACU